AUGGCUCCCACCAUUCUCAUUGUCGGUGCAACAGGCAACACUGGCAGGAGCGUUGUUGAGACCCUUCCUGAAUUGCUUGCCAAAAGCCAGACGCUCUCAAGUCACAAUAUACUGGCUUUGACACGGUCCAAGAGCGGUGCUGCCGCUCAAAAGCUCGCACAGCUCCCGGGUGUCGAAUUAGAGGAGCAGAAUUGGGUCGAGAUCACAGAAACAUGGCUCCGCGAACGCAACAUAACCAGGAUCUUCAUCGCCUCGCACAACGAACCUCUGCACUUUGCUGAGGAAAGCCAGUUCCUUGUCAAUGCACUACAAGCUGGCGUCAAGUACGUUGUUCGCAUUAGCACAACCACCGCAAACGUGACUCCGACUUGCAAAGUCUACUAUCCGCGAGCACACUGGGCGAUUGAACAGAUGCUCAGCUCGCCAGAAUUCAGCGAGAUGCAUUUCUCAUCUUUGCAACCGGCCAUCUUCCAGAAUAUGACUGUCGCACCCAUGGUGGAGUGGGUUAAGAAGUUCAAAGAGACGGGCAAACAAAAUACGUUCCGCACCUAUCUAGAUCCAAAGGCACCGAUUGCAAUAGUGGAUUCCGAUGAUGUUGGAGUUCUGGCCGCACAUUUACUGAGUCAAGAUGACACCACUCCGUUCAAUCACAAGCGACUUUCCAUCUAUGGACCGGAAGAUGUCACUGGUGAACAGCUUGUGAAAUUGGUUGAGAAGCAUAUUGGCGAGAAGAUUCAAGAUGUCAGUUAUCGGGAUUGGACGUUCUUGGACGAAUUUCUCAAGGGUCAUCCUUCCACGUAUUUGAUGUCGUAUAUGCAUGACCAGGCGUAUACUCUCUAUGACGGAUCGUCGAACGCUGCGGCUACGAGUCGAGAGGUUGUUGCGUUGGCGCCGCCAAAGGGCAAGAUUACUGAGUUGUUGCAGAAGGAGUUGGCUGGGAUUUAAAUACUAUGCGCACAGUGGAUAUGUACGACAGAUAGAGCUAAACAGAGCGAGUAGAUAUAGUAGCCAAACGCUUUUGGCUUCCAGCAUUGCUAGUUGCAAUUUUGCUCCAUGGUGGUCUUCAUAGUCUUGCCGCAUAGAUACAACGUCAUUUCUUACGAUGGCUAAUCGUGUCGCUAAUUCGCCAAAGGCAUUCUGAUUUGAACUUCGAGUUCAG